CACAGAAAAACAAGUAGUGGAAGCACGUGUAGAUUUUUUUUUCAGUCAAGGCAUGUUGUCCGGUUAGCUAGCAACAUAGCACAAGACACCUUAUUAAUAUCGAUUAAUUCGUUUCAUCGAGCUAUCCGAUUAGGAAUGACGAAGACGAAGAAGGAGAAGGGAGCGGCGGAAGGUGAAGAGGCCGCCGCGGGGAUCGAGAAGACUUACCAGGAGCUGAUAGCCAACAUCAACCCCAUCGCACAGCCUCUGGCCACACGGAAGCUCAGCAAGAAGCUCUACAAAUGCGUCAAAAAGGCUGCCAAGCAGAAGCAGAUCCGCCGUGGAGUGAAGGAGGUCCAGAAGUUCAUCAACAAAGGAGAGAAAGGUAUUGUGGUGCUGGCAGGCGACACGCUGCCUAUCGAUGUCUACUGCCACCUGCCCGUCAUGUGUGAAGACAGGAGCCUGCCGUACGCCUACGUUCCGUCCAAAGUGGAUUUGGGUUCAUCGGCAGGCUCCAAGAGGCCAACCUGCGUGAUUCUGAUCAAACCCCACGAGGAGUACCAGGAAGCCUAUGACGAGUGUCUUGAGGAGGUGUCUGCCAUGCCCCGGCAGCUCUGAAACACACACACACACACACACACACACAGCUCAGAUGUGGACGUCUGGUCUCUGAGCUGUACAUCAUCCGCUCGGAGCAUUUCUUUAUUGUUUUAAUGUUUUUUCACUCAUUUUCGCCCCUCAGCCUCCAACACAAAGCAAUGCAACUGCAGGACUGUGAAUCAGAGGCUCAGAAAGACCGUUUGACCAGAGUGCUUUGAAAUUUUCAAAGUCAUUAUCUUAUUACUGCAGGUUGUGGCUGCCACGUGUGUCCGCCUCCACAGAUGACAUGAAGUGAAAUUUUAGUUUGCGGAACACACAAGUAUAGAACUUGAGUGAAUAUCAAUAUUGAUUUAGUCACUAUUCAUUCGCACAAAUACUGAAUAGUAGAAUUUGAGUAUUUGAUGAGUGCUAUGGCCAUUGAUCCAGCUGUGCAGCUAUCUUAACUCCAACCACGAUCCUUUGUGUCAGACAUGAAGUGAGCCCUGAUUUGUGCUGCAGGAGGAAGAGGCGGGUCCAGAUUUUGCAUCUUUAGAGGCUUCAGCAGUGCAAAUAAUAGGAUUUCUGAGAAAAAGAAACCAUAUAUAUACACAUACAUAUAAGAAAUAACUGCCUUAUGAAUUUGUCAGACUUUGAUACCUGGACUCACCUCUGCAGAGGGAACGGAAGACGGACAGUUUCUGACCAGCUGGCCACAAGAAUCAGGAUUAAUACUGAAGUGAUUACUACUCUCAUUUGAUGAAUUAUUGUCAACACCUUUUUUGUUUGUUGUUACUACUGGGUGGGUCCCUGAGCUCUCUUCCAGACGUAAAUAAAUGUUCACAUUCAUAUUUUGUACUUUUCAAACGAGUAUCUGCUGAUGUUGAUGUUUCAGUUUAUAACUGAAGUGUUAAUUGUGAAACAUUAGGCUUGUUGUUUGACUCAGUCUUGCUCACUCUGUUUUGAUUUCCUCCAUGAUCCAUGUGUAUCACGUUUUGUUUUAAUUUUUUACAGCCAGAAAACUUAGGACUGGACAGUAAAUAUAUCUUUGCUGUGACACUGUUAACAUCAAAGUUGAACAUUUAUUCCAUGCAUUUAUUCCAAGACACUGUUCUAGUGCAGUCUGCAACAGCUGCAGUUUGUGGACAUGGUGAUAAAGAACUGAUUCCAAAAAAAAAAAAAAAAAAUCCAGCUUAAAAAAAAUUCAGGACACC